GAUCAAAUAGAGCGAAAAGAAGAGAUUGAUCAUACACACGACACAUCGAUGGUUGAUCUCGACCAAAAUCCCAUAGGCUCUAAAAGUGAUGCGGCACUGUGUCUGAAUGAUUGACUCAGGUUCUGCCCCGCCCACUGUUUUGCAAGCCCCCCCUAGACUUGUUCCGUAGUGGCUGACCUUUUUGAAACCUUAACAAUCACUAGAACAAGAAAGGCUGGCGUAAUUAUGUAAACUUUCAGAAUGAACAUGGUUCUUGACAUUCUGGAUUCGGGAGCGUACUCGACUCUCUUGUUGACUACCGUCGCCAUUGCAGUGUUGCUGGACUUUCUUGUCAAUCGUGCAGAGCUUGUACUCGCGCUGGAGAGUCGACGAAAUAUUAAAGGCGGGGAUUCUUCUCCUACAACCCGAACCAGGACGUCGGAAGAUGAUCAUGUCACCCAGGGCGACGUACUCGAUCGGAACGAUGAAAAACCUGAAGACCGCAAGGAGCGACCAGUAAAAGAAUUUCAGACGUCUCUUGUCGAGCUCUCACACCUUUCCGCCCUGACCGGUCGACGCAUUUUUGCGAAGUGCGAGUACGAGAACCCAGGUGAGUCCCUGAAAGAUCGGGUCGCCAAUCGUCUGGUCGCGGAGUGCUUGCGCAAAGGGAAGACAAGUUUGUACGAGGGUACUUCUGGCAGCACGGGGGUUUCACUAGCGAAGCUGUGUCACGAGAAAAACCUCGAAUGUCACCUGUACGUACCGGAUGACUGCGAGAAAGAGAAGCUGAACUUGAUGAGACAGUACAACGCCACGGUGCACUUGUGCAAGCCGACCAGCUAUUCCAGUCCGGAGCAGUAUUCGCAAGUCUGCAUGCGGGCGUGCAAAAAAGCGGGGGCCUACUUUUGCGAUCAGUUCGAGAACGAAGUGAAUUGGCGCGACCAUUACACAGAGACCGGGCCAGAAAUCUGGGAGCAGGCGAAAAAUUUGGUGCGACGAGAGAGAGAUGAAAAUCGGAUCGCCAUUCCUUUCGACGCCUUCGUCAUGUCCGCGGGCACUGGAGGGACCAUUGCGGGCUGUGGCAGAUAUUUUAAGGAGCAGAGCAACAACCAAACAAAAGUCAUACUCGCCGACCCCCCGGGCAGCUCACUGCAAUUCAAAGUGCAGACGAAUCUGUGCUACAACCCAGAGGUGGAGAGGGAGGGCCACCGGCAGCAAAGGAUAGACGACACCAUCAUGGAGGGCUUUGGGCUGAAUCGCAUCACCAAGAACUUUCAGAAGGCAUUACCGUUCGUGGACGAUGCGGUCUCGGUGUCCGACGAAGACGCGGUCUUGCUCUGCCACUACCUGCGAUACGUCGAGAACCAUUUCUGCGGGAGCAGUUCGGGCGCGCACCUCGUGGCCUGUUUGCACGCCGCCGCACAACUACCAGAAAAUGCGGUGAUUUGCACGGUGUUGUGCGAUAGUGGGGAGAGGUACAGGAACCGCUUCUGGAACCAUGAAGUGUUGAAAGAGCGGGGGCUGCUACCGCCGGUUUUCGACGUUGGGGAAAGUGCUGAUGUAGAAGUUGAUACUGAGAAACUCAGUUCUCUAGUGCAGCAAAAGUUCGAGGCAAUUUUCGCAAGAACAGUGCACAGUUAGUUCCCACACAUGAAGUUAUGUAGACGACAUAAACGCGACGCUAUUUUUUUAAAUUUGCCGGCUCUACUUAGGAGCCAUGACUUCUACUAAUUUGUCGCACCA